AUGAGAGCAACCUUAUUUUAGUAGUUAACAAAAAUAAGGGCGGAAUCAGCUAAAUCAGGCACGACUCGAAACAAACCUACCCUUGACACCUCAGAUCUUCUUCCUAGAUCGAGUUUCCACAGAAAAAGAAAGUAAGAGGAACACAACAAUUCUUUUAAUGAAUAUUCAUCCUCAUUCAGAUUUCCUGAUAAGGAAAGAUACGAAUAGGAAAUCAAGUCAUUGAAAAGUAACAUGCAUUCUUUGGAAAAUGAGAAUCUGAGACUCAAAACCAGAAUUCAUUAGAUGGAAGACAACUAACUGAAACAGGAGAAAAUCAUAUAAGAAUUAGAUCGCAUCGGUCCUGUCAAAGCUCCUCUGCUUUAGGCAUUGAAUUUUUCAAGUGCUUAAACUGCCUUAAAAAAAGAAAUUCUUAAUAUAAGGUAAGAGUUGCAAAAAAAGGACAAGGAGCUUCAAAAUUUGAAAAAAACCUAAAGACUCUCUUAAAUAACUGAAUUGCAAAUUGAAAGAGCUGCCUUUUAAGAAGAAACAAUCAGGUUAAGAUAAUAAAUAGAUUCGUUAUUUAAAGCAAGUUUAUAUAAUCUACAAUAGAAUAAUGUAGAAUAAAAUAUUUAAGAGAGGAUAUUUGCAUUGGUAGCCUAAAUCUAAUAACAUUUAAUUCAACAAAGGGAGUUGGAAAAAGUGAUUGAUAGGUUAAAAAAAGAAUGUCUAAAAUAUAGGUCAUAAUAAAUAGAUUCAGAAUACAGAAACAAAAGAGAAAUUAAGAAACUAAUUGCCUAAUUAAAAGAGGAAACUUCAAACAAUCAAAAAGAGAACAACAGAGAAUUAAAAUAAAAUCCCACCAAGGCUGAUGAAUUAUAAAAUUUAACUGAUUUGAUGUUUGCAAAAUAAGAAAUUAAAGCUAAAGAUAGUGAAAUAGAAAGAUUAAAUUAAAUCAUCUUUGAUUUAGAGGUGCAAAUCAAAGAAAUGCAACUAUCUUCAAAUUUAGAAGCACAAGACCCCUAGAAUUAAUCAUAAUAAUUGGAUGCAACUUCUAAAUCAAAGCAAGUAAAAAUAUCCUCCCCUGUCUUUGCAACUGAAAUAUUACAAGAAAUUGCUUUGCCAAUUAAAAAAUCAAUCGUCAUUUAAGAAACACAAGCUGUAAGUAAAUAACCUCCAAGAAGAAGAAUCAUACCUGUAAAAUUUGAGGAUAUCAAAAUUAUUGGAGAAACUCUUAAGUAUAGAUUAAUGGCAAUGGACAUUGGUAUUUAAUAAAUAGAUGAGUAUUUAUAUGAAGGAGAAUCUAUGACGAUCAAAGAGUUAAAAGAUAAACUACGAUUAUACCCUUUUAACUUGGCUAAGGAUGAAAGCCUAAUAUUGGCAAGAUAUAUAAUGGAAGGAGAAAAUGAUAUUUAUGAAUUAGAAGAUGUGGCUUAGAAUCCAGCUCCAUAUAUUCGCUCCGUUUUUAGGAAAAUAUUGUUUAAUUAUAAAUUGGAAAUUGUAAAAAGCUAAUUCGAAUAUUCAGAGAAAAUAAAGGAUGUAUUAACCAGAUUCAAACCUUUCAUAAUCAGUAACAUAAAAUAAUUGUAUGGAAAAGAUUGCAUUAGAGUUAGUAAGAGUUAAUUUAUUGAUGCAUUGACUUCAUUAAACAUUGAAUUGAACUAAUUUGAGAUUGACUAUUUGAUUGUAUAAGGAAUAUUGGAAAGUCGCAGUGUGGAAUCAUUAAAUUAUGAAGAAAUGUUGAAAUAUGAACCAAUUAAAAUAGAAGAUUAACAACUUUCCUUUUUGUUGACUGAAAUCGCUAAUGAAAAUAAGUAAAAGGCUGAAAUGUCUGUGAUAAUGGAAUGCCCAGAGAAAGUGUCAGAAAUCGAAUAAUAAGAAUAAGCUAAUGAUAGCAAUGCUAAUUUUAAUGAAGAGUAAUAGUUAGAUAUUGACAAUUAAUAUAUCACUGUAGAUUAAUAUGUAAAGUAGCAAUUUGAUUCAGAAAAUGAAAAAUUCAAAUAAGAGUCAUCAUCAGAUUAUAAUUUAGACUAGUGA